AUGCAUGAAACACAGAACGAAGAGUUUCAAAAGCAAGGAGCAGAAGACGACCCAGCAUCAUCAUCGUCCUCAUCAUCAGGGACAAAAGAACAGGACAAGACUACCGAGCCAGAGCAAAAUUUACGCAAGCCCGACCAAGAGAACCUUGACGAGGCAGGACAGACCACAUCACCACCAUCGCCUUCAGCAGCAGAAGAGCAGAAAGAGGGCCAAACGGUCGAGGCUAUAGAGACUGUAGAACAGCGACAGUGUAUGUACGAUGUCGAUCACGAGAAGUUUAAUGAGGGAGGACAGAUUACAUCAGGCUCAGUCUCACCGUCUCAAAUCAAAUUAACCCCGAACAGGAGCGUGCACAACUAUCGACAAGGAACCAAAGAUCUUGGACGCGGAACAAAGUGCACAAGAUAG